ACUCAUUUCGCCGCACAGUUGGUCCUCCUCUCCUCCCAGCAUCACUGCAGCUAUGGCGGAACCCUCAGCACCGGAUUCGACGGUAACGGCCGGGCCGACCUCCCCUGUCCCGGCCCUGUCUCCCGCGCUCAGUCCGGGCUCGGAGCCCACAUCCAUGGCCAUGUCCCCGGCCACGGACGGCUCCCAGCGGCUGCUCUUCUCCCACGACUUGGUCUCCGGCAGGUACCGAGGCUCCGUCCGCUUCGGCCUGGUCCGGAUGAUCCACGGCGAAGAGGACUUUACCUCGGACUCGGACCUUGAUGACGGCGGAGGGAGAGGUGGAGGUGGAGGCGGAGGCGGAGGCGGACGUGUCCCGGUAGGCUCGGACACAGACAGCGCAGUGGGCAGUCGGCCUCUGGGUCGUGGCGUGGUCCGGGUCCAGUGGUACCCUGAUGGCGGCACUCAAGACAUGAAGGAAACAAAGCUGAAACUUGAAGACCGAUCCAUCGUGAUUCGAGAUAUUGUUCGGCGGAACAAUUCGAGCGACAACCAGUGUGGCAUUGUGACCGACACUGACAUCGAGUGUGCAGUGAAGCUGGUGGGGACAAACUGUGUCUUGUAUCCUGUCAAUAGCAAAGAGCUGCAGCACAUCUGGUCGUUCAUGUACGGUGACUACAUAGCCUAUGACUUCUGGCUGGGGAAAGUGUACGACCUGACCAAUCACAUCAUCCUCAAGCUCUCCAAUGGAGCCAGGUGUUCCAUGAGCGUGGAGGAUGGCGCCAUGCUGUACGACGUCAGUCCUCAUAUCAGCGAUUCGGGUCUAUUCUUUGAUGAGGCGUACGGCUUCUACCCAGGCCAGGUCUUGAUAGGUCCUGCUAAAUUAUUCUCUAAUGUCCAGUGGCUGUCUGGUGUCAAACCUGUCCUUAGCAGGAAGUGCAAGUUCAGGGCGGUGGUGGAAGAGGUAAAGGUGGAGGAGCUGAAGGUGACGUGGAUCACUAAAAGCUACUCCCCAAAAGGCUCUGACAGCAUCUACCCUCCCCCUGGCACCAUCACCCAGGAGAAUCUUUGCAGGGUAAGGCGCCUUGGCUACUACGACCACACCCAGAGGCAGCUUGGAGAGAGGGCACUUUACGUGUUCCCUGCCAAGGGGGACGCCACACGCAUCUCAUUUGAAGGGCCUGAAGGGGCCCAUGUCCUCUCGGAGGAUCCCGUGGUCAGAAAGUUAAAAAGAAUUUUAAAGAAGGAUUCCGGGAAGAAGACGGAGAAUGUUGAUGCACAAGGCGAGCACAAAUCGGAACAAACAGACUCCUGCCAUCACAACAGUAAUGGCCCUGUUGAACCCAACCCGAAUCCCCCUGAACCCCAAAACACACAUGACGCCCCUGCAGAACACUGGGAACAGGACGCAGACGACGAAGCAGCAGAAGACACUGAUGAUACCAGCUCUCUGACGUCGUCGGCCAGCUCCACAGCCUCCUCUCAAAGCGGAGGCCUGGGAAGCAACCGCAAAAAGAGCAUCCCGCUGUCAAUCCGCAACCUGAAGAGGAAGCACAAGAAGAAGAGGACCAAAUUCUCCCGCGAGUUCAAACCUGGAGACUGUGUGGCUGUGGAAGUGGUAUCUACCAAGACAACAGCUGAUGUGAUGUGGAAGGACGGGCAGGUGGAGAAGGGGAUCAGAUCCAACGACCUCAUCCCCAUCCAGCACCUUGACAGCCACGAGUUUUGUCCUGGUGACUUUGUUGUGGACAAACGAUCCCAAGCCCUCCAGGACCCAGGGGUGUACGGCGUGAUCCAGUCCGGCGACCACAGGGGUAGAACAUGCAUCGUCAAGUGGAUUAAACUCAAUGCCACCAGUGAUGAUGUGGAGGUUAUUGGUGUGGAGGAAGACGUCAGCGUGUACGACAUCGCAGAUCACCCUGAUUUCCAUUUCCGCACCACCGACAUUGUCAUUAGAAUAUGGAACUCUGAAGACGGAGAGAACGACUGUGGAAAUGAGACAUCAGUGGGCCAAGUGUCCAGGGUGGACGUCAACAGCAAAGUGGAAGUAGUGUGGGCAGACAACUCCAUGACCAUCGUCCUCCCACAGCAUCUCUAUGGCGUAGAGUCCGAGAUAGAGGAGACGGACUAUGACUCGGUGGAGGAGACCAGCAGCGGCUUGUCCACCGAGGAGUGGGAGGAUGAGAGCGACAGCUGGGAGACGGACAACGGCCUCACCACAGAAGACGACGGCCACGUCAACAAUAUGGACGUCACGGAGACGGCCACCCCCGUCCCCCUCGACUCCUCGGUGUUCAUCAUUCCCCCUCAAGAGGGCGGCAAAGUCAGCAGUCCCACCAAAGCAGUGGAGGACGAAGUAGCUGUGGCGAGUGCUACUUCUGGAGGAGGAAGCACUCCAGCAGGAGCCGUCAACGGAGCUGAGAAGAGCAGCAAGGACUGUGCUUCUCGGGGCUUCAGGGAGUUAAAGGAGGCCCUGAAGAUCCUGGAGAGCCUGAAGAACAUGACCGUGGAGCAACUCCGGACCGGCGUCUCUCCGACGUCCCCUACCUCAAUCGAACCGGCUUUGGCGGCCAAGGCGGCGAGUUCGGCGCCGCCCUCGGCCCCCAAGAAGCCCACCAAGGAGCGCUUCCUGGACGACAUCAAGAAGCUCCAGGAGACCCUGAGAAAGACGCUGGAUAACGUGGCCAUCGUGGAGGAGGAGAAGAUGGAGGCUGUGGUGGAAGCAGGUGGGGGUGCAGGCGCAGGGCCGGAGGCCGAGAAAGGCGGAGAGGAGAAGCCCCACCCUGAGCCUCAGACGCCGGUGGGUGGACAAGAGUGGCCCAGUGACUUUCUCAGUGACACACCUGUACUGUGCCAACAGAGUGGCGGCAAACCUGGCGUCACCUUUACCAGUGCCAAAGGCGAAGUGUUCUCUGUGCUGGAGUGGGCACCAGACACGCAUUCCUUUCACAAAAUGGAAUUUCAGCCAGCCGAGGCUAAGAAGUUCUUCAGUACUGUCAGGAAGGAAAUGGCUCUGCUGGCGACGUCGCUGCCCGACGGCAUCAUGGUCAAGACCUUUGAGGACCGCAUGGACCUGCUGUCAGCUUUGGUCAAAGGGCCGACUCGGACGCCGUACGAGGACGGCUUGUUCCUCUUCGACAUCCAGCUGCCCAACAUUUACCCGGCCGUGCCGCCUCUCUUCCGCUACCUGUCUCAGUGCAGCGGCCGCCUCAAUCCCAACCUCUACGACAACGGCAAGGUGUGCGUCAGUCUGCUGGGCACCUGGAUCGGCAAGGGCAAUGAAAGAUGGACCAGCAAGUCCAGUUUGCUCCAAGUCCUCAUCUCCAUACAAGGUCUGAUCCUGGUCAACGAGCCCUACUACAACGAGGCCGGCUUCGACAGCGACCGCGGCCUCCAGGAAGGCUACGAGAACAGCCGGUGCUACAACGAGAUGGCCCUGAUCAAAAUGGUCCAGUCCAUGACGCUGCUCCUGCAGCACCCGGUGGAGGUCUUCCAACAGGAGGUCCAGGAACAUUUUCUCUCCAACGGAUGGCGGCUCGUCCACCGGCUGGAGGCGUGGCUGGAGCUGCACGACGCCGCCGAGAGGAGCCACGCCGCGUCCUCCAGGGGUCACCACGCUAAGGCAGAGCAGGUUCCUGUGGCCCACGGCAGCCCCAGGAAGCCUGGGGUCGGGGCGAGUAUCUUGGAGGAGGAGCUGGAGGAUUCAGGACUGAGCCCCUCCACCUCUCAGCAGGAGGCCAGCCACACCUCAGACAAGUCUAUAAGCGGGGAGAACAAGGGCCACGCUGGCGAAUCUGUUUCCGCCGCCGCCGGCGAUGCGGGGCCGGUGGUGCGACCGAAGAAACGGAGAAAGAGCUACCGCAGUUUCCUCCCCGAGGGCAGCGGCUACCCGGACAUCGGCUUCCCGCUCUUCCCGCUCUCUAAAGGCUUUGUGAAGAGCGUCCGCGGCGUGCUGCUGCAGUAUCGAGCUGCGCUGGUGGCCGCCGCCAUCCCCGAUUGCACUGAGGACAACACCUUUCCUCAGGAGCGCCAGGCCGCCACCUGAUCUCCUGUCUUUGUUCUCCUCCAGUGCCGCGCGUAGAGAAAAGGACCUAGUCUGCACUGGAGAAAGCCUCACCUGCAGCACACACAGGUAACCACACAGGUGUUCUCUUGACGGAGCAGAAAACAAACCGUGCCAUGAAUCCUGAUCCACCUCAUGAGGAGGCCAUGUUUUUAAAGCCGCUGCCACUUUGUAGCACUACUGACACCAUCCUGCACUUACCCUUACCUGGCUCCCCCUUUUUUCUAUGCUUUCUGCCAAAUCCCACACUCAAAAUGUACUGAAUGUUAUCAAACUGCCAACUGCUUCUCCAUUGCUUUCACCGCACACGCUGAAGCACGCAGCAAACUCAGUGUGCCAACUGCACUUGCUUGCAGAGUUCCUUCACAAUCCUUACGUGCGACCAGAACACAUCUUUCUGUUAGUUCCGACUCACAAAGAAACGCCAGCAAAAGUCCGCUAACAAUGGAGGUCAUGGCAGUCGCUCUAUUCUGCCUUUAAAGCGCUGUAAAACUCAAAGUAUAUGUGUCAUGUAGUAACAGGCACAUUCAUAAUAACAUUGCAUAUUUACCUAUUUUGCUCAUUUGGCGUAUUCAUUUCUGACGCAUCACAUUUUCUUCUCCCUUCGACAACAAACACUGAGCGUCACGUAGCGGUAUUGCUAAGUGCUAAACAAGAAAUACAAACAAAAUAAAACGGUCACCUACUGUACAAAGUCUGCUCGCACUGAUGGGAUGUUUAUAUCUUCCCGUUUAGAUGAAGAAUUAAUCAUAAAUUAUCAUUAAAAAAAAUAAGAGCCGGAAAGUCAAACUUGACCAACUUCCUGCUUUAUGGCCACAACCUUCUUCUACACGAGUAAAAGGCAUGAUUUAUAAUCUAGAAUUACCGUAUUU